GUGUCCCGCCGCGUCGCCUCCGCCGCCAAGCGCAACGCCGCCCGCACCUUCGCCACGCAGGCGCGCGCCGCCUCGGCCAUCAAGACGCCCGCCGCUCUGGCCGUGGCCGCCGCUGCUGGUGUGACGGCCUUCGCGCUGACCGCCGCCCCCGCGGCCGAGAACAAGGCCGCGGCCAAGCCCUCGACGCCCCUGGCCGGCGUGCCCGGCACGUCCAAGGAGCGCACGUUCAUCGCCAUCAAGCCCGACGGCGUGCAGCGCGGCCUCAUCAGCGAGGUGAUCGCCCGCUUCGAGAAGAAGGGCUACAAGCUCGUGGCGCUCAAGCUCAUGACGGCGACCGAGGAGCGCGCCAAGAACCACUACGCCGACCUGUCGGAGCGCCCCUUCUUCCCCGGUCUCGUCAAGUACUUCACCUCGGGCCCCAUCGUCUGCAUGGUCUGGGAGGGCACGGACGUGAUCCUCACGGGCCGCAAGAUCCUGGGCGCCACCAACCCCAACCAGGCCGCCCCCGGCACCCUGCGUGGCGACAACUGCAUCUCCACGGGCCGCAACCUCGUCCACGGCUCGGACGGCCCGGACUCGGCCAAGCACGAGAUCACCAUGUGGUUCAAGCCCGAGGAGGUCAGCAACUACGAGCGCGCCCUCGACUCGUGGAUCGUCUCGGACAAC